AUGGAUGAUGAAAGUUUAAUAUAUAACUUAUGGCGUAUGCGAAGAACAGUUUUACAAAUGUGCCAUGAUCGUGGUUAUCUUGUAAGUCAAGAUGAACUUGAUCAAACAUUGGAACAAUUUAAAGAUACGUAUGGUGAUAAGCCAAGUGAAAAUAAACCAGCUCGAUCACAUUUAAAUGUUUUAGUUGCACAUAAUGAUGAUCCAACAAAUACAUUAGUUGCAAGAUUUGCUGAUCAAGAAAAAAUUGGUGUUAAAGAUAUAAAAGAAUAUUGUAAAAAAAUGGAAGAUGAACAUAUAACAAGUACAAUACUUAUUGUUCAAAAAGGUUUAACACCAAUGGCUCGUGAUGUUAUUGUUAAUGAAUUAGAAAAUAAAAAAGUUCAAUUUCAAGUUUUUCUUGAAAGUGAAUUAUUAGUUAAUAUUACAGAACAUAAUCUUGUUCCACAACAUAUUAUCUUAACACCAGAAGAAAAACAAGAAUUAUUACAAAGAUAUCGACUUAAAGAAAGUCAAUUACCACGUAUUCAAUCCGGUGAUCCAGUUGCUCGUUAUUUUGGUUUAAGUCGUGGUCAAGUAGUACGUAUUACUCGAACAUCAGAAACUGCCGGUCGUUAUAUAACUUAUCGUUUGGUCACUUAA